UGCAAUGUUCGUUCUUCACUCUUCCCUCAGUGCUGCCUUGCCCUUUGCGGAGGCUGAGAAGUGUGAACACAUCCUGUUUAUCUCAGCAGCACCACCACCGUGCUGGGUUCAGUGGCAGCGGUGCAGACACAGCUGGCCCGGCCAUGGAAGCGCUGCCCAUCUACCACGGGGGCAUCACUCGAGAGACUGGGGAGAAGCUGCUGCUGGCGGCGGGUGCUGAUGGCAGCUACCUGCUGCGGGACAGCGAGAGCAUCCCGGGGGUCUACUGCCUCUGUGUGCUGCACCAGGGUUACGUUUAUACCUACAGGGUAUCCAAGACAGAAUCUGGGUCCUGGAGUGCUGAGACGGCACCCGGGGUUCACCGGCGGCUCUUCCGGAAAAUGCACAACCUCAUUUCAGCCUUUCAGAAACCCGACCAGGGCAUUGUUACACCCCUGAAGCAUCCGGUCAUCAACCAUGCGAAAGCCAGGUGUUCUCCAGGUAGAAAUGACGGUCGUGACUACCUGCAGCCAUCAUGAAGACGUUUCCCCGUGGAAUAACCCUAGCUCCCAGUAGUGCCUUCGGUCCUGCUCUAGAACAGCACAAGCUAUGAUAGUUAGUACAACUCUGUGAGUUUUCUUGUAACAUUUGCUGAAAUGUGUUUCAUAGUAUUUCUAGCUCAAAGUUUUAGGUUUCAGAAUGUUUUUUUUUUAAAUUUUAAUUUUAUUUUUUUUUGUAAGAGGUAAGAGAAAAGCAUCAACAACUAAAUGGUGUCAAAUCUUUUUUUUUCUUUUUUGCAGUCCUAAGUGCAAAAUAUUUUCUAAUCUCAAGACUAGUCACUCUAUUUUACAUAAACUGACUUUCAGCUCUUCUAUGCUUUCUUCUGAUAGGCAUUUAUGGGCAAGACCCCUUUUGUAGGCUUAGGAAAAUUGCUUAUAUCGAGUGUCCUUUCCUUGAACACAGACUUGGUGUCUGUGUGACUGUCGUACAGUUCCAAAAGGUAUUCCAGACAUGGCCUCAGGAGAAUUCCCACUAGCUGAUUUCCCAUCAUAUCAGGCUCUCUGCAAUCCAACAGAACCACUCAGUGCUGUCUCCACGUACAAAAUUUAUAAUUUGCACAAAGAAUUGAAAGCUCAAGUAACGUUCUGAAUAAAUGAGAACAAUCACUAGUGGAGAACCUCAUACUUUUUAUUUUUCCAAUAUUUUCUCUACUUGAAAAAAUCACCACCACGUGUAAAUAAAAAAAAUAUAUAUAUAUGUAUAUGUAUUUACACAAUAUUUACUUUUAUUUCAUUGUCAUAUGUUUUAGUAAGUUGCUUCUGGGCUCCUGUAGGAGAGGCUUACAUCUGGAGGACUUGUUGCCUUGCAGGGUUAGCACUGUCUCCAGUGCUGGAGCACUUGACUGCUUAACUUGGUGAGCUGCCCGGGUUGGCCGGCAGUGGGGAACACUUCCCUACAGACUCGAUGUGCUGGAGCCCUCUUGGUUUGUGUUGUGUUACUUUUCCCCAGCAGAUAUGGGCCUAUCACAAAAGCACUCCCUUCAAAGGACACAGCUAAUGUUGAUUGCAAUUGGGUGAGCAUGGCCAGAAGGGCAAGGGAGGUGAUCCUACUCUGCCCUGGUGAGGCCACAUCUGGAAUGCCGUGUCCAGUUCUCCUCGGUUCUAAAAAGACAGCAUCUCCUAGAAGGAGUCCAGCAGAGGGCCUGAAAGGUAGUGAAGGGCCGGAAGCAUCUCUCGUAUGAGGAAAAGCUGAGAGAUCUGGGGCCGUUCAGCCUGGGGAAAAGACAACUGAGGGGGGUCUUAUUAAUGUUUGCAAAUAUGUGAAGGGAGGUGGGAGGCAAAUGGAUGAAGACAGGCUCUUCUUGAUGAUGUAUAGCAACAGGACAAGGAAUAAUGGCCUAGAACUUGAACAUGGGAAGAAACAUGCGGAAGAACUUCUUUAUGGCAAGGGUGACAGAACACUGGAACUGGUAGCCCAGAGAGGUGGAGGACUCUCCUUCUAUGGAGGAGGUUGUAUUGCUUAAAUGUCUAAUACUUGAAUGUUUCAUGCCUAUACUUCCAACUUCUUAGGCACAGCUUGGAAAGCUGGAAAUUUCUGAGAAGAUGUAGAGAGCUUUUCCAAAACCACCAGGCUGCAGGCUUGGGAGAUCAGGACAGAUCAAAUCCCACCAGAUGGGGGCAAGCUGUGAACUAGGGGUAUGGGGAAAGGCAGGGCUGCAGCCAUGUUUGUAGCACCAGGCUACACUGGGGGGCAUCACCCAACCAUUCUACCAAGCAGGCAGACAGACUUUUGUAAUCCAUUUAGCUGUUUUGUCCCA